UCGGCUGCAUUGGCGCGAAAGCCGGGGUAGUGAGCUUUCUCAGUGACGGGGUCAACAUGAAUGUUUAUUUCAUAUCCAAAAACUGAAAAGCGCAUGUAUAAUUUAUGUCACCGAUGUUUUGUACGAGGAAACAGCAGUAGUCUUUAGCUGUUUUGUAACGGAAGAGUGGUCGAGCUGCGGCCGCCGAGCGCCGUCGUUGUUGCUUAGUUUUGCACGGUCACACAGGACGCAGCGGAGAGACCGUUAGCUGAGGAGAAAAAAGUGCUGAAGUAGCCAAAGGAAGAGAUGCCGAAGGGGGACAGUGCCAUCUUCAUAGUGAAGUUUGUGGAGGACAGCGAGCAGAAGAAUGAGUUCACCGAGAAGGCCUAUAAGGCCAUUGUAGAGUUGCAGUCAGAGAAAUACCUGCAGACCAUCACUGAGAAGGAGGCACUGGCCCUGGACCACAAUGACAAAUCCCUCUAUGUUUUUAGCAACUUCUACAGCCCUGCUUUCCACCACUGCAGAAAGCUGGGAUGCAGGGUAGUGAGUCCACUGGUCAUAUUGUUCUGCCUGCAGCAUCAGCGCUGUGUGCCCAAGGCAGAGCAGCCUGUUUACAACAUGGUAAUGGCUGAUGUCACAGUCUCCUGCACCAGCCUGGAUAAAGCAAUGCGAACUGAGGUCAUGGAGCUUGUGCAGCUGAUGGGUGGGCGAGUUUAUCGUGACCUCAAUGUAUCUGUGACACACCUGGUGGCAGGUGAGGUGGGCAGCAAGAAGUACCUGGUUGCUGCCAGCCUGGGUAAACCUAUCUUGCUGCCCACCUGGGUCAAAGCUUGCUGGGAGAAGUCCCAGAACAGCCUCUUCCAGCACUCGGAGCUGCCCCUGGAAGAGUACUUGUGUCCUGUGCUGCGUGGCUGUACAGUAUGUGUGACGGGAUUGUCCAGCACCGAGCGCAAGGAGGUGCAGCGGCUCUGUGAGCAGCAUGGGGCCCAGUAUACAGGCCAGCUGAAGAUGAAUGAGUGCACACACCUCAUCGUCAGCGAGCCUAAAGGCCAGAAGUAUGAAUGCGCUCGAAAGUGGAACGUGUACUGUGUACCCCUGCACUGGUUGUUUGACAGCAUUGAAAAGGGCUUCUGCCAAGAUGAGAGUCACUACUCUGUAAAGCCCCAUGACCAGAAGUCCAGUCGGCCUCACACCUCUACCCCCACGGGAACUGAGAGGCAUAAAGGCACUGCUGCCUCUCUGCUGGGUGUGAGCCAGAUUUCCAACAUCAGCUUGAGCUCUGUGAAUGACUCAGCCUUCACAACAACUUCAGUUAGCCGACUGGAGACUCCCGACCCACUGGAUGCGCUGGAUAUCAGUUGUUGCCCAGCAGAUGACUUGCUGGAUGGCUGCAAGCUCUUCAUAUGUGGUUUAUCGGGAAAGAGGAUGGAGAAGCUGCGGCGCCUGGUGAAUUGCAUGGGUGGCCUGCGCUUUAACCAGCCCAGAGAGGACCUCACCCAUGUUGUCAUGGGGGACCCUGACCAGGACCUUAUCGGUUUCAUUUCCAAAGCUGCGCACCGGCCUCACGUGGUGACUGUGCAGUGGUUACUGGAUGUUUUCUCAGGGGGCUGCCUUGUCCCUGUAGAAGGAUACCUUCAUCCUGCCUGCUUGCCACCUGCAUCCUCUGUGUCAAUAACAGCCCCCCAUGGUCCAGCCACACGACACAGUGUGUCGUCUGUGGCUGCCGAGGACCCCAGCCCUUCCAAGAACAUGCGGGCAGAAGAAGAGCUGCUCUCCCAAUACCUGGGUGCAGACCAGACUGUGGCUGAAUUGCCUCGGCCAGUUAAUGCCAGCAGAAAUAAUAGUACUUUGAUCCCAGAGCCCUUAAGCCAGAAAUCACCGCAGGACUCCACCCUGCAGGACCCGAACAAUAGUGGCUUAUUUCAGGGCAAGCGCUUCUUGCUGGUUGGCUUUGGUGCUGCAGCAGAGGCACAGUUGUCACUAUUGGUGACAGAAAACGGAGGCAGAGUGCUGGCGGUGGGCACACGGGCAGUGGCCGACUAUGCCGUGGUGCCACUGCUCGGUUGCGAGGUGGAGGCCACCGUGGGAGACGUCACCACAGAUACUUGGCUGGCAAUGUGUGUGGAGCAGCAGUGUCUGCUGGAGCUGACAUCCCACCCGUUCUUUAUGCCACUGACAGUGAAAGAGGGCAGUACCCCUCUGCAAGGUUGUGUACUUUCUGUCAGCCAGUUCACUGGGGCUGAGCGUGAAUCUCUCAUCGAACUUGCCCAGCAUCUCGGAGCCAGUGUCCAGGAGUACUUUGUGCGCACAGCAAACCAGCGUAAAGGUAUGCUGGCCAGCACCCACCUAGUCUUGAGGACCCCAGAGGGCACUAAGUAUAAUGCAGCGCAGAAGUGGGGCCUGCCAGCAGUGACCCUACGCUGGGUACUUGAGUCAGGGAAGAGAGGUCAAUGUGCUGAUGAGAACAAGUUCCUUGUGGACCUUCCACCUUUGCCAGAGAAGGAGGAGGAAAGUUUUGUAGGGGGGUCUCAAAAACCCACUGAGACAUCCCAAACCUCUCCCCAGAUACCCCUCCUGGGGCUGCAGGUUAGUAGUGCUAUCACUCCUUUGGAUGUGGGACGUUUCCAGAGCAAGGCAUUCCGCUCGGUGCUGGGACAGAACCAACAGCACAAAGGGCAAGGGAGUGCAACACCAGGGAUGGAAGGCAGAAAUACACUCCACAGGGAGCAGUCACUGCAGCUGGACACACCCUCCCGCUUCCUCUGCAGAGACCAGCUGUUUAGGCCCUCUUUCAAUGUCAAGGAUGCUCUGGCUGCACUGGAGACCCCUGGGGCAAAGUCUCAGCAGAACCACAGCGCUGCAACCCCAUUAUCAGAAGUAAUUGGGAGGAACCUGAAGGUGGCGCUGGCCAACAGCACCCGCAGCCACACCUCUGCCUUGGCAGCCAUGACAGCCAGCCCCAAGCUGAGAAUGGACACAGAGCAGACGAUGAAUGUGCCACUUCCUUUAGCCGGUGUGGUCAUGUGCGUCAGCAAGAAGUUGAGCAAAAAGCAGAGUGAGCUGAAUGCCAUUGCCGCCUCCUUGGGUGCUGACUUCAGAUGGUCCUUUGAUGAUACAGUGACCCACUACAUCUACCAGGGUCGUGUUGGGGACAACAGUCGGGAGUACCGCAUGGUGAAAGAACGAGGGGUGCAUGUGGUGUCUCAGCAGUGGCUCCUAGCGUGUGCAGAUGAACAAAAACAUGUCUCUGAGUCUCUGUACCCCUUUACUUAUAAUCCCAAAAUGAGCUUGAACCUCAGCCAGGUGCCUGAGAGCACACAGAGGUCACCCUCUGUGGCUCAUGUUCAGCCAAAGAACCUUGCUGAAGUGUUGGGGGACAAGUCCUUUUCUGGCACAGAGGAGGAAUGCAAUAAAACUGCUCAGUGUAAAGGCAAAGUGGAAGUAGAGGAGGAGAAAGAGGACCAGGACAGCUCAGAGAAGAGAGACUUGGAACAGGCCCUGGAGAUGAGGGAGGAUCUGCAGAGGCAGCUUCAAGCGAUCAUGUCAGCCACCAAACUGACUAGCGGAAGGCGGUCCUCAGCUCGGCUAACCAGGGUUGGAUCUGGAGGGCUGAGCUCUGACCCCAGCACCCCUGACAGCUUGGGCCGUGCUGGGAGAGCCAGCAGGAGCCGUGCUCUAGAGGCCCUACGGCACUCCAGGCAGGCAGUGGGGGAUAUGAACACAGAACCCUCACAGAGUGAGCAGAUUGUGUGGGACGACCCCACAGCCCGUGAGGAACGAGCUCGUCUCGCUGACAACAUGCAGUGGCCUGGAAGCCCCUCCCAGCACUCGGAGCCCCUGACCCCGCAUGAGCCGAAGGCCAUGCCAAAUGGCCGCGGGGAGCCCUCCGCUCGUGCGAGGGAGUCCAUGACCGACUCGGAGCUGGUGGAGAUGGCGGCCUGUGAUGUCAUUGAUGAACAAAUGGGGAAGUGUGCCUCGACACUCGCCAGGAAAGACACAGAGUCCUCUGUUGUCACACCCAAGACGCCCAACACCCCCUUGUCCGUUGCAGACCCCCCUGUCUCAGCACAGCCUCAGGCACAGGCGUUGUCCGCUGUGCAGAAUGAGAACGAGAGCAAGGCACAGGAGUCAGAGCCGCUCCGGUUCCAGCUGUCCUCACUCAGCCCCCAGGAGCGCAUUGACUACAGUCACUUGAUAGAGGAGUUGGGAGGAAUUAUCCUUGACAAGCAGUGCUUUGACCCCAGCUGUUCCCAUGUCAUUGUGGGACAGCCCCUACGCAAUGAGAAGUAUUUAGCCGCCAUGGCUGCAGGAAAAUGGAUCCUGCAUCGUUCCUACUUGGAGGCAUGCCGUGCUGUUGGGCACUUCAUUCAAGAGGAAGAUUAUGAGUGGGGUAGCAGCUCAAUUUUGGAUGUUCUGCCCAAUAUCAGCUCACAGCAGCGCAAGCUUGCACUGGCUGCCAUGAGAUGGAGGCAGGUCCUGCAGGCACGUCAGGGCUUGGAGGGAGCUUUCAGUGGUUGGACGGUCAUGCUGAACAUCGACCAGGGCAGAGAAGCGGGUUUCCGGCGGCUGCUGCAAUCCGGUGGUGCCAAGGUUUUCCCAAGCCCGUUGCCAAGCCUGUACAAAGGCACUACACACCUUUUUGUGGAUUUCAGCCGCCUGAGAGCAGGUGAUUUCCGGGUGGAUGUACAGGAGGCGGUGGCACACGGAGCAAAGUGCCUGAAACCUGAGUACAUUGCCGACUACCUGAUGCAGGAGCCGUCGCCUCCAAUAGAGAUGUACUACCUGCCGGAAGCAGUGCGGUACCUGCAGAACACCACGAAUGGUGGCCUAUCAACACCGUCUCGUAAGCGCAAAGCCUCUGGGGAUAACUUCCUGCUGAAAAAGUCCCGGUUCACAUGAACCUCGACCUGCUGCUUACAGUAUUCUGAAUCUUUGCUUUUAGGUAAAUUGUUACUACAGAACAGGAAUAUCUCUUUGUAAAUAAGAUUUUUAUUUCUUCUAUGAAAAAUAAAAUGAAUGUGACAUUGUGUGUUGUGUGCUGCACUUCUACAAAGCAGUGGAUACUAAAAUUUGCACUUGUACAUUAAUAAAAUAGCUAUAGGAUGUAU